CCCUCGCGGCCGCCCCCCGCAAUGGCCCACGGCACGGCGCCGCGCAGCCAGGCCGCCGGCGCGGGCGCGCGCGCACCGAGCUCCGCCGUGGCUGCGGCGGCCGAGGCCGUCGAGCGCAGCGUGGCGGGCCUGUGCCCGCGCGUCGGGCGCGGGGAGGUGGCGCAGGAGUUCGCGCUGCCCGCCAGCGGCGCCGAGGAGGCGCUGGAGCUCGCGGCCUGCAGGCUUGGCCGCCGCUGCGCGGUGGACUUCGUCGUCUCCGGCGCCGUGCCCGUCGCCGGGCAGCCCUGCGCCCGGCGGGAGCUGUGCGUGGCGGCGGGCGGCGGGCCGCUGGCCGCCGCGGUGGCGCGGCUGGGCGGCCCGGCGGCCCACGCGGAGCGGUACGCGGCGCGCGCGAGCGUGGUCGACGCGCGGGACGCCGAGCGCGCUGACGUGGCGCGCGGACCUCGAGGCGCGCUGGGCCUCCUGCAGCCGCGCGGAGCUCGGCGGAGGCGGCAGGGGCGGGCUGCAGCCCAGGGGGGCGGGCACCGUCUACGGCAGGCUCGCACCGCGUCGACCGCCGCCGGCGUUCCACGCUGA